GCCGCUAGUGGUUCGGUCUGAGGGUCCCGGAAAGCUGCGCGUGGUUGAGCGAGGAGUCGCGAGUGAGCUAACGGCUAUCGAAAUAGACUGGUGGGUUCCGCCGGGGUGGCGGCCUCGUGAAGAAGCUGGAGCUUCCCUGACCGCUGCGACCUCCCUCUUAACGCGACGGAGGAGUGGUUAAAGUGAACAAACAAUGGCCAGUAAUCACAAACCUUCAGCAGCUCGCCCUGUUUCACGAGGUGGAAUUGGGUUGCCUGGAAGACCUCCUUCUGGACUACGACCCCCCUCAGGAAAUAUUCGAGUGGCAACUGGAAUGCCACCUGGAACAGCAAGACCAGGCUCUCGUGGCGGUCCCAUAGGGACAGGAGGAGUUCUAUCUUCUCAAAUCAAAGUUGCUGACCGUCCUGUAACACAACAAGGCUUGAGUGGAAUGAAAACUGGAAUGAAAGGUCCCCAGAGGCAAAUUUUAGACAAAUCUUACUAUCUUGGGCUUCUUCGAAGUAAAAUAAGUGAACUUACAACAGAAAGUAAUAAACUUCAGAAAGAGAUAGAAAUGUACAAUCAAGAGAAUUCAGUAUAUUUGUCAUAUGAAAAGAGAGCUGAGACUUUAGCUGUUGAAAUCAAAGAGUUUCAAGGACAAUUAGCAGACUACAACAUGUUGGUAGAUAAACUUAAUACCAAUACUGAAAUGGAAGAAGUAAUGAAUGAUUACAACAUGCUUAAAGCUCAAAAUGAUCAAGAAACACAAAGUAUGGAUAUCAUAUUUACUGAAAGACAAGCGAAGGAAAAACAAAUUAGAAGUGUAGAAGAAGAAGUUGAACAGGAAAAACAAGCAGCAGAUGGCAUUAUCAAAAACAUGUCUCCUGAAAAACAAGUCAAGUACAUAGAAAUGAAAACCACAAAUGAGAAAUUGUUGCAGGAGUUAGACACACUUCAGCAACAACUAGAUUCACUGACCAUGAAAAAAGAGAGCUUGGAAGCUGAAAUAGCACACUCCCAGGUAAAACAGGAGGCUGUAUUGCUGCAUGAAAAACUUUAUGAAUUGGAGUCCCAUCGAGACCAAAUGAUUGCUGAAGACAAAAGCAUGGGAUCUCCAAUGGAAGAAAGAGAGAGAUUACUUAAGCAGGUUAAAGAAGAUAAUCAGGAAAUAGCCAGCAUGGAGCGACAGUUAACAGAUAUAAAAGAAAAAAUAAAUCAGUUUAAUGAAGAAAUUAGACAACUGGACAUGGAUUUAGAAGAACACCAAGGCGAAAUGAAUCAGAAGUACAAGGAACUAAAAAAACGAGAGGAAAAUAUGGACACUUUUAUUGAGACUUUUGAUGAAACUAAGAAUCAGGAACUGGAAAGGAAGGCACAGAUAGAAGCCAGCAUUGUUGCACUUUUGGAGCACUGUAGUAGAAAUAUAAAUCGUAUGAAACAGAUCUCUUCUAUCACCAAUCAAGAGCUGAAGAUGAUGCAGGAUGAUCUCAAUUUUAAAUCUACGGAAAUGCAGAAAUCACAAAGUACAGCUAGGAAUUUGACUUCAGAUAGUCAACGUCUACAGUUGGAUCUACAGAAAAUGGAACUUCUGGAAAGUAAGAUGACUGAGGAACAACAUUCUCUGAAAAGCAAAAUUAAGCAAAUGACAACUGACCUGGAGACAUAUAAUGAUUUGCCAGCUUUAAAAUCAUCAGGUGAAGAAAAGAAAAAGAAGUUACAUCAGGAGAGAACAGUAUUAACAACCCGCAGAAAUGCCUUUAAGAAAAUAACGGAGAAGCUAAACGUAGAAUUUGAGACACUAAAAACACAAUUGCAAGAAAAUGAGACACAUUCUCAGCUUACAAAUUUGGAGAGGAAGUGGCAACACCAUGAGCAAAAUAAUUUUGUGAUGAAAGAAUUCAUAGCAACCAAGAGUCGAGAGAGUGAUUACCAGUCAAUUAUGAAGAAUGUAACCAAGCAGAUUGCAGAGUACAAUAAAAGCAUCGUGGACGCUCUACAUAGCAUGAGCAGAAACUGAGUCUGAACCAACUGCAGGUCUCUAUAGUAGUAUGCUCUUGCUGCUAAACUUUGUAUAAGCUGACUGAAAAAGAAUAACUUACCCUUGAAGAGUUUUACCUAAAAAUUUUCAGUUCUGUAAUUUUUGUGACCUUUUGAAGAGGUUAUACUAUUUUAAAUAGUAUAAUAGUUCAAUAAAAAGUUUGCAUACAGAAAAGCA